AUGUUCUCAUUUCAUCCGACAACUACAGCUGCUACUACAUCCACUUCAAUAUUUACAUUUUCUCGUCCGAUUACAUCACAAGCAUCAAAUAUACCAUUGUUUCAAUUUGGUGGUAGUGACCCACAAGGUGCUACGACUGCCUCACCAUUUGCCUUUCUUCCAGCAACAAAUCAAUCUGUUAACAAUGCAAAUUCAAAUGCUACUGGUUUGUUUCGAUUCGGAAGCAAUCAAUCUGCACCGGUAGCACAAGUACCAAAUUAUUUUUUCACAAAUCCAACAGGUACAACAGUUAAAUUCACUCCAGUAGCUUCGCAAGAGACUGAAUAUGUGCGUAAAACUAACAAAAUUGUAACUUUGGAUGUAAAAUAUCAGUGCAUAUGUAAUAUGAAAGAAUAUUCAAGUAAAUCGAUGGAUGAACUUCGAUUAGAAGAUUAUCAAUCGAAUCGAAAGUUCUCCUCAGCGGCGACCUCGCUUGCCUCAAAUACAUGGAUCUUCCAUAUUAAUCCUCCAGCUACAACUGCAGCGAGCCCAUUCAGUAUUGCGGCUACGACCGGUACUAUUUUCAAUCCAGUAGUGUCAACUGCACCAAUAGCGACAUUUCCGUGGUCAAAAAAUGCUAGUUUAACACCAACUGCUCCAAACCUUGACCCAUUCGGCAUAAAACCAGUUACUACAGCAGCUCCAAUGUCAACGGCAUCAUCCACGCAUCCAUUUACUACUACUACGCCAACUACAAUAUCCAGUGUUUUAACAGCUCCGUUAAUAUUUCCUGGUUUUCGUACACCCACCAUACCAACGGUCAAUACGGUUCCAUCAACUAAUAUCUCUCAGUCGUAUACUGUACCGUUUCAAUUCCCGCAAAGUUCAUCGAUUAUUAAUCAAACAAUACCUGUACCACAAACGCAAGCAACUGUGCCAUUAUCGAUACCUUCAACAACGACAUCACAAACAAUUGCAACGAAUCAGCAACAGUUUCUUACCAAACUACUUCUCGAUCCAUACGGUAAUCGUGGACGAAAAGAGUUUAUCGAUGCGGAAUCAACCUCCUCACCUAAGACAUCCAUUGUUGAUUCAACUUUACAUACAACGAUAUUGGCAUCGACACCGAUACCAGUUGUUCUUCCGGUUCAUUCGAAUUUUCAGAAGACGACUGCUUCACAUUCAUCAAUUAAUUUAGAUUUCAAACUAAAACCUACUUCAUCAACUUCAAUAUCACAUGAAGAUACGCGAUCACUCGAUCAACAAUCUCAACCGACGACAGAACCAAGUAAAAGUACACUGUCAGGGGGUUUUACUGACGAAGAAGAAAUUGUUUUACUUACUCGUACGAAACUAUCGAAAUUACAUUUGUUAAAUAGUACAAUCAAUCAGCCAAAUACACUUCAUUCACUGUAUCCCCGACGAAGUUUAGCUGAAUUGGAAUCAUUAACAAAAUUAACGCGACUAUCAUCUCCCAUUUCGAUACCUUCCGAACAGGCCGUGUCACCAAAAUCAGUCUCUUCAAACUUGGAACCUCAACCGAAUAUUGACCUAUCAUCGUUCCGUUUACCUAUCUUAACUCGUUUGAAUUAUUAUAUGAAACCGGAUCGAACUGAAUUAGAAACACUAUUUAACAAUAAAGGUCAAUGUUUAGUCAAACAAUUCACUGUUGGAAACGAUAAGUAUGGUUCAGUGACAUUUUAUGGACAAAUUAACGUUGCUGGACUUAAUCUUGAUGAAAUAAUUCAAAUCAAUCACCAGGAGGUCAUUGUUUAUCCCGAUGACAUAAGAAAACCAGCCGUCGGUGAAGAAUUGAAUCGCUCUGCUCGUAUCACAUUAUUUGACGUCUAUCCAAUCGAUCGAGCAACCCGAUCAAAAAUAACCGAUAUCGAACGAAUAAGAGCAAUGAAUUACAGUAAUCAUUUACGUGAAACCACCGGAAAGUUCGAUGGAGAAUUCAUCAACUACGAUCCCGUCGAUGGAUCAUGGACAUUCAUGGUAAAACAUUUUACUCGUUACGGCAUCGAUGAGAACGAAAAGUAUACGAACCUCUAA